AUGGCAACGACAAGCUCCUCUUCAACUCCACAUCGACAUUUGAUUAGCGAUUUGGUUGCUUCAACUCUCUCAAUGAAUGCGGACAGUGAAUGGAUCGAUGCUCUUCUUUUCACACCAUUUCUCACUGAGCAAGCUUUAUUGUACGAGUAUGCCGAUUGUCUUGCUGCGCAAACGUUCUUUCGAAUGGCCGGACUUCCGUAUCAGCUUCGACAACGACCAAAUGUGGAUUUCAUCUCGCCCACCGGGAAAGUACCAUUUUUGAAGCUCAACAACGUUCUUGUGGCUGAAUUCACUGGAAUUGUCGAUUUUGUUGCUCAGAAGGGAGUGAAACUUUCAGCUCAUUUAACCGAGGUUCAAUUAGCUGAAAUGAUGGCACAUAUGUCGAUGAUCGAUCUUCUUCUACGGAAUAUUGAGAUCUACGUUGUUUGGCGACAUGACGAAACUUUUUCCAAGAUCACCUCAUCUCGAGUCGCGUCAGUGUUCCAUUGGCCUCUCACAGUCAUUUUGCCAAGAUUGAAACGACGAGAGAUGAUUGGAUAUUUGGAUGAUCAAGAUUGGGCAACAAAGUCUAUGGAUGAAGUGCUAGAAGCGGCUGAUCGUGCCUUCCGAUCACUCUCUUCUCAGCUUGGUUCUUGUGAAUUUUUGAUGGGCGACAAGCCAACAGAAGCGGAUGCUUUGCUCUUUGGGCACCUGUAUUCGAUCAUGACCACACAACUUCCAUGCCACGAUUUGCAGAACUUACUCAAGAAAUAUAACAAUCUUUUGGAUUUUACUACCCGUGUUGAACGUGAAUUUUUCAAGCGU